UUUUUCCCCUUUGUUUAGGUAAUAUUCUUCUUGUAGAUGGAACAGCAUGUGGAGAAAUAAAAAUUACUGAUUUUGGAUUGUCCAAAAUAAUGGAUGAUGAUAGCUAUGGUGUGGAUGGAAUGGAUUUAACUUCACAGGGAGCAGGAACUUACUGGUACUUGCCUCCAGAGUGUUUUGUAGUUGGCAAAGAGCCACCAAAGAUUUCUAAUAAGGUUGAUGUAUGGUCAGUUGGAGUAAUCUUUUUCCAGUGUCUUUAUGGUAGAAAGCCAUUUGGCCACAAUCAAUCUCAGCAAGAUAUCUUACAAGAAAAUACAAUAUUAAAAGCCACAGAAGUCCAGUUCCCUGUUAAGCCUGUUGUUAGCAAUGAAGCCAAGGCCUUUAUCAGACGCUGCUUAGCAUACCGAAAAGAGGAUAGAUUUGAUGUCCAUCAACUGGCUAAUGAUCCUUACCUUCUCCCCCAUAUGAGGAGAUCGAAUUCUUCAGGAAAUUUACAUAUGACUGGGCUAGCAGCAUCCCCUACACCACCUACUUCAAGCAUUAUUUCAUACUGAAAUUUCUCCAGCUGAGGAAUGGCAUGAUAUCUUGGUGUAGUUUCCAGAUGCAGACUUGAGCUUGAGAACAUUUGGGUGUUUUUACGCAGGACAAGUUUGAUAACUGUGUUUUCAGGCUGAAGUCCUCCUACAUAGUGUUGUUUGUAUGAUUGGAAUGGGUCAUGGACUGUGAAUAAAUAUACCCUUCAGAGAACAACCUUUAAAUGUUGAAGGAUGACAUUGCCUGUUGCACACUAACAGGUAUACUGUGUUUAAGACUGAAGAAAAGGUUUUUAGUUUUUUCUGGGGAACAUUGUAAAUAAUCUUUUUAAUACUUAAAGUACAUUUGGUUGAUACUGGAAAGUUCUAACAUGAAGGGUAGUUUUUCAUUAUUUAAAAUUUUUUUAAAAGGUAGUAAGCAAAUUUGAGAACAAGAACAAUUCCAUGUCUGGUUAAUUAACUAAAUGAAUUGCCGUAUUUCCAAGACAUUGAUCUUCUGAAACCAAAGUAAGAAAUGCAAGACAGUCAAAGCUGUGUUCUACAUCAGAUUCCUCAAUGAAAUUAUAGUAUUUUAUUUGGCACUCAGGCUUGUACCUCCAAACAUGUGAUGUUAUUUCACAGAAUUUAGGUUGAUAGGGAAUUCCUGGUACUUACUUCUCAAAUAGGUUGCUAAUUUUGAAAUAAGCUUAGUUUUCUAAAUAUACUGUACUUGCUGUGGUAUUGAAACUUGUGAAAAUUUCCAGGCCUCUGAUAAAAGCAAACAACAGUAUGAAACCAAAUGCAAACAGGUCAUGUAUAAUAUUCUAUGCAGGAAUAAUGAUAAAUUCCCUUCUAGCUCUAUUGUAAAUUGUUGUACAGAUGUCACAUUUUCAGUUAAAUUCAGCAACUUAUUCCUGUACAAAUGUUUAAAGUAUGGCUUUUUCUAAUUGGAUAUUGUAUUUUUUUUUAAGUCUCUCUCAAGGCGCUUUUAAUUGCUGCUAAACAAUGUUGCUUUUACUUCAGCAAAAGAAUCAGAUGACCUCCUUAAGGUGCAAGUAAACUGUACGUUAUAGAGAGACUGAGUAGGAAACUCAUUAACAAUCAAGGCAUGUAAAACUGAGCUGUGUUGGCCAUAUGCAGUACAGUUCCGUAAGUCAAUUUAUUGCACUCUCAACCUGUAGAGUGCAUCAGUACUAGAUGUAGAAGUUGCUCAUGGUUAUUCUCUAUUUCUGGAAGUUCCUAUCAACAAGGAAAUGUUUCUUGUGGCUUGUACAGGUAUUUUAAAAUGUGAAACAUUUUCUAAUUGCCUUGUAUGGUAGAAACUCAUUUUUCAAAACAGCGUAUCUCUCUCAGUUCGCUAUUCUUUUUACUGUCCCAUUCUGGAUGCUGAAUACUAUCUGUAAUUUUGUCCAUGUUUCAGAAAAAGGAGGCUGUUAUUACCACAGGUUUUCAUUUAGUAUUGUACAGUUAAACUGUUGCUCUUGUUUCUGAUGUUGCAAGCCAUUUUGUUUUCAUUGUAUAUAAAGAAACAUUAACUGUCUCUUUAAGAUGCUGCUGAAAUUGUAGAGAAUGUAGCCAAAACAGUAAUAAACAAUGACAGUUGAGAUUUCAA